AGAACUUCAUCAACAAAAACCUGCUCCUGCAGUUCAUUAUCAGAGGUGAGGAGUUCCUAACUAAAAGCAGAGAUUUUGUUUAAGAUUAGUUUUAUCAUUGCACUUAAUUUUACUUGACUUGAAUUAAGAAAUACUGGGUUGAAAAGGUAUUUGGGAAAAUAAAACUGUGUGUGUUAUGUGGUGGUUAAUUAUUAACUUCUCUCAGCCUGGGUGAAGAGAAGGGACAACCAGAGAGACAUCUGUAUUUUUCACAAACUAGUCUCGAGGACUACCACUGGAUUUCUGCAUUUUAAAGGAGUCUGUCUUUGUAAACUUGUCAGCUCAGAUACAUGUGUGUGUGCAGGAAUGAGUGUAUAGUAUUGAACAAGUGCAUGUUAACAGAGGAUUUCACGUCUAUGAGUAUCUACGAGUGGGCCUAAAGUUCUUGAAAAGUUCUUCAUCCUGUCUAAUAUCACCACUUUGCUUGUCUGCCUUGUAGCCUAAAAAACUCUUUCCGUUCACUUCAAAAAAUUCUUUGUGUGGUUCUGGAACCCUUUGUAGGUUAAAUGCUUUCUCUUAAAAAAGUAAGGGAAGAGUAUAUGCAAAUCAUUUUCAGCUAAUAAAUUCGGCGAGGUUGCUAAAUAAAGUAUACGCCCAUAAUAGGGCUUAGACCAUCCUCAGAGACCCAGGGGCAGCUAGUCAGGACGAUAGAAUGUUCAUGGUGAAAGUUUACCAUAACAAUAAACUUUCACCACAAACAUCCUAUCGUCCCAACUAGCUGCCCCUUGGUCUGCGAUGAUGAGCUUAGACAUGGUCUUUUCUUUCUUAUUUUAACAGAAACAUGCCAGAUAUUGAAUUUCUUAUGCAAGAGUGGCCAGAGGAAUUUGAAGAACUUUUGAAUAAGGUAUUUAGUAACUUUGUCCUUUAGUAAGAUUUCUUUAGAAUCUGCUGAGGAAAAUGACUUUAUGUAAGGGUUAUCGGCCUGAAGCGAGGGGUCAUGUGAUUUAUUCCCCUCGUGCGUUGCCCGAGAGGAAUAAAUCACAUAACCCCUCACUUCAGGCCGAUAACCGUUACAUGCUGGCACUGGUGGCAUUCACAAGUUUCUUAGCUUUUUAAUUAUGUUAGUUUUUGAAAGUCGCAUGUCAAAUUAGUUGUUCGCAGUGAAUGCUAGAAACAGCCUAAAGAGCCUAGCAGUGUCGAGCGAUUCAGAGCCAGAAGUAGAGCCGUUUAUUACUCAAACUAAAGCAGCUUCAGUGGCGGUACUGCAAGAGCUUUCGGAAAACAAUUUGAAUCUUCAGUUUGCGGGUGCAGAAAACGAACAAGCAGUUGACAAUUUCAAUUUUCGCACCGAGGAUCUUUCGACCGACCUGCAUGUUUACAUACAAAGAAGAUUCCGGGCGAGGGAUCACUACUGUAACUCACGAGGAAAUUCAGUCGAGGAAUGAAGCAAGAAUACCACAAAACACGAAGAGGUCAACUACAUGUCUUCAUAGAGUACACUAGUUUGGGAUGACUGGUUAAAGAACGGAACACCUUACCAUGACAGCGACACUUUCAUGGAACCGUAGAAAAGACGCUCUUCAAUUUCGAACUGUCGUUCAGGCUGUGAAAAUCGAUGAACCAGCAACUAAGAAAAUCCGUGAAUGUGGCGCAAAAGAAACGCCGCUAAGUUUAAUUUUAGUAAUUAUAGCGUCGUGUUGAAUAUUUCCAAUAAACAUUUGUGAUUUUUUUCUUUACGAAAAGCUAAUUAAAAUGCGGGGGGAUUAUGUAUUAAUAUCAUAAUAUGCAAGGGGGAUAAGUGACUUAUCCCCCUUGCAUAUUAAUACAUAAUCUCCUCGCAUUUUGAUUAGCUUUUCAUUAGCCCCGCUCUUUCCUUCAAACAAUCACUGCCGCACCCAGCUUUUCAGACAGUUGAUUCGGGGGUUAUGUAAUAUAUUCCCCCCGAAAAGAACAAAGGAAUCCGAGCUUAUGUAAGAAUAAGCAGAACAAACAUGCAUGAUGCAAAUCCCAUCCAGGGUUAAAAGCUAAACUGAAGUUCUUUUUAGGCUGGGCUUCCAACAGCUGAUCUGGAUGUUGAUUUAAAACAAUAUGUUGACUUGGUCUGUGGUAAGUUGUAAUCAUUCAUUCAAGUAAUACUAGGGAUUGGGGUGCCUUAGUGUACAAUCGGUGACAAAAUUGUUGACUGAAACAUUGUACUCAAAUAGGGUAACUUCAGAGAAGAAAAGAGUCUACAUCCCUCCCCUGUUCCCUCCAUUCAAAGUUGGGGUGUUUGUCGUUUUCUAAAGGUAGCUCGAACAGUGGCACAACAUUGUAUGGAGGGGAUGGGGGAGGAAAAGCUAUAUCUCCUGUUUCUGAAGUCAGUAAAAUGUCAAAAAGCCCCUUAAGGGCGAAGUGUCUCAACUCAUUUUAUCACUGAUUGCAGCUAUUACACAUUAGGAUACAAAGCUACUUGUAUCAGUUAUCCAGACCAGGGCUAGUGGGCAAGGGGUGCAUUACCCUAUGUAAUGGCCAGUGCUAAAGGGUAUGGGUUUUUUUUUACCCAUGGAGGUAUCACUUUAGGUUGUUCAUGAAAAGAAAUUCUUAAAAGUAACAAAUGACAUUAUAAUAAUGUUAUUGUUGGAAUAUGGUCUCCUCUAUAGUUUACAAUAAAUAAAAUCUUACCUACACCCACAUUGGUGACCCUCUAAUAUGGUUUAACUCUAAUAUCAUUUUGGACGACCAUUUCCGUCGUUUUCAUACAAGACUUCCCCCAAAUCUGAAAUGAAGUAUAGAUUUUAACCAUUUUAAACUGAAAUAGGGCAAGUCUUAAAGUGCUCUCUGGAACCAGGGUCUUUAACUCAGUAUGUAUUGAAAACAGCAGUUUAGGUCGAAAUUAGGGUAAGGGGAAACCAGAAACGUUUUUCUGAAAUAGGGCAAGGGUUUCAAUGAGUAUUCCCACCUCAAGGAUUGCAUAGGUAGUUAAAAACACGUGUAGCACGUGUUGGUGCAGGUGUUUUUGUGAUGUGAAAAACUUGAAUCAACUGUCCAAGUGAAUAAUAAAACAUUAAGCCACCAUUAUUAAAUAGACGUAUAAAUUAGGAAUACAAUGUCAUUCAUUUUAAGAAACAUCAAGACUAAGAUCUCGUAUCAAUUACUUCAGAUAAGAAGCCAGUAGACAAAGGUUAAUGUUCAACUGAACUGGUUCUCAUUUAAAUCCUUUUUGACAGGUAUUCUCGGCAUUCCUGUACAUAACAACAGAAUCCAUGCCCUUCAUGUGCUGUUCACACUAUUCUCAGAAUUCAAGAACUCACAGGUAUAAAAGCAAUCCGUAAACUCCUAUUAAUUAUAUAAUUAAUUAAAUUUUACACUGUUCAAGAUUUCAGUGCCAGUCAAGCCUUACUUUUCUAUGACUUCAGAUUCAAAUUUAUUUUGUUUGCACCUUUUUUUCCCUACACCAGCAUUUUAAACAACUUGCCAAAGACAACCAACUGUCAAGUGACCUGCGACUGGAUAGUGGUAGUGGCAAUCCUUAUACUGGGGGUGUGGCAGCUACUACAGAGCACAUGACACUUAGUGGUGAAGAGGCACAGACUAUGAGCUUUGAUGACUAA